AUGAACGGCGGUUUUCAGAGGUGUCAGCACACAUGGUGCUGCCAAAAAACGCAUCCUUGCAUUUCUGUACGAAAUAAAGCCAUGCUGGGCAAUGGCUAUAGAUUAGGUGGAUCAGUUGGAACAGAUUUGAAAGAGGGUAUCAGGAAGUUCGGGAAAGAAGCCCAAGGAACUUCAAAGAUUGUUAGCAGUUCUCCAUGUAAAUUUGGCAAGCCAAAAGGACAAUCUCCGUGCAAGGAUACCUAUACACGAAACUUAAUAACAGGAAAAACAUGUUUAAAUAAAGUUGGAUCCACAAGUAAAUCCUUGGCUAAUCAAGGAAUGCAAAAUCCAAAGUCAAAAUCAGAUUUGGAACAGCAUCAAAAAGCGCUUGUUAAAGUCAAUCCUAAACGUAGAAGAGAACGUAAAAAGACGCCUAAAAGAUCAACAGCUGGAAAUAUUGAACAGCCCUUAGAUGACGAUGGUAUAUGCAUGAAGAAUCUAUUUGGUUCGCAGUUGUUUCAAGGCAAUAGCAACUAUCAGAUCCUUAAGGCCGUUGUCCCGGAAGGAAGGAUUCAGAAGAAUAGUAAGCUAGAGUGGCCACUAAGCUUCUCAAUGCGUCCAGCUCUUCCAAAUCCAGAUCUGCAAUCUAGCAGUUCAUCCACCAAAGCAAUAACAUUCACAAAGAAAAAAGGAUUUAGACGUGGAAAUAAAGCCUCGCCCUGCGAAACAUCUACUCAAACCAUCGAAGAAGAAUCUGAUCCUGUUUUGAUCUGCCUGGAACAAAUCAGAAAUCAACUGGCUGGCAAAUCUUCUGAAGGUCAAGAGAAAAUCUUAUCACGCUGCUUUGCUGAGAAAUCUACAAUUGAAAGUAGCAUUCAGAACGAAAGAAAUGAAGCCGGUGUGGAAAAUUCUAAGGAGUCAUCCCCAAAUGAACCCAUUGAACCUGAGAAAGACGAUAAAAGUGAUAAUUCGAAGCCCUCUAAUCCACAAGAGACAGCAUCAUUAGGAAGUUUUAAGAAUAGUUCAUCAAGGAAUUCUUUAAACAUAUUACCGCAGCCUAAAUCAGAGACCAACAAUAAGGAAAAUAAAAGUACGCCUACUAAUACUCAGGCAAAAUCGAAUGCCGAUUCUUCAUCGGUUUCUACAGAAAGUCAGAAAAAGUCAGAAGAAAAGGUAGAAGCCAAUUCAAAUCGUAAGGAUGGAGACUUGAAAAAACCAAAGGAAACCGAUAAGAAAACUAAUUUUGUAUGUGUUCCCACGCCUAUUUUAAAACCACAUAUUUGUCUGUGCAGGAUACCAAGAGUUAUUCCAAAGUUUACAAGGGUUAUGAUGCCGAGUACAGUGUGCCAGCCUCUUUUUGUGAAUGGAUGUCGAAUGCCAAAAUGGCAAACUCAUAGGCAAAGCAACCAACAUUACUGCCAAUGCACUAUUCUGGACCACAGUGCAAUGGUGCAAGUACCUUUUCGUAUGAGCAGCACGGAAGAAUUGGGCAUUUCCCAGCCAAAACCAUUGAGGAAAUUAGGUCUAAACUUCACCAGACUCAAUACCAAUCAACUUCAAAUGGCACCAGCGACUACAAGACACCUUCCACUACAAACCCAGAGAACAAAAAGAACGAGGAAUCGAAACUGCAAUUCUUCUGUUGGUCAGAUGAACGGUGUAUUUGUUCUAGCUUCUUCGCCAUCUACUAGAACGGAUACAGCAGAACAAUCCACUGAAAGGAGAAAUAGGAAUCUGCAGAAUAUAAAUUAUCCAGGCGGUUCACAUUCUUUGAGUAACAAUCCACCAUCUUCAGAAAAUAGACGUAAAGCCCCAUCCCAUACAUCUUAUCCAGUACUUAGACGUAUUCAAAGAAAUGAUUCAAACAAUUCGCAAAGCAGAAGAUUCAUUUCGGUUAGCAGCCAAUAUCCUGAGCAACUGAAUAUGUAUUACGAAAAUCAGCACAGACAAGAUGAAUACCGAACUUGUAAUAGAAAUAAUAGUGACCAAAGCCACCGAGAUAGUCAUCAAAACGAGGAAAGGUCGCAUAAUUCAGCUAAAGUUGGAGCUUCUGGGUAUUCUACUGACUUAACUUGGACAGAUCUACCUCCGAACUCCCGAUUAGUAGCUCCCAAUACAUCGACUGACGUGGAAACACUGGAAACGGUGACCCUAAUGCAUCCUCGAAAACUUCGUAGUUGUGAAAGUGCUGGGAACAGAAACCAGGCAAAUAUCAAUGAGAACACAGUUCUUAUAGAGACAACAACUCCCUGUAACAGGGAAAUUCUACUCCAGGCCUGUGGACGACCGCCCUGUAACUCUUGUCCUCAUCACUACACGGGUCUUCCUCCAAGUCUCCAUCAAGGAUUUACGAAGCCUCCGGAUCAUAUGCUACAACCGCAGAUCUCUGUGAGUGCUCCACAAAAUAUCACUCCCUUCGAUGAGGGAUUCCUUAUAGAUCCGCGGGAUCAGUGGAUGACCACUAAGUCACCAGCUUCAGCACCAGCCAUGCAGCAUCAAUUUCAAAUGAAGGAACAGUGUCAGCCGGAACAUAGAUCCUAUCAUCAAUUUCAGGAACCUGUACAUAAUCCAGAACCAAGUACCUCUCAGCCCAGAAACCAUGGCUACAAUCCUCAACUAAAAGAGAACAUUCGAAUGCUUCCAGAUGGAUUCUAUGAACGCACCGUGCAUAAGUAUAACAUAACACGCAUGGAUUCAAACUUUCAGCCACCGGAAUUUUCACUGCAGCCAGAUUUUCUUCACGGAGAACAGCACCCAACUUUCAGACAGCACUCUUGUCCAUAUAGCAAUCAAUAUCAUCAUCCGCAACUGAUGAUGACACCCGUUCCAGAUCCCAAUCGACGUUAUAUUCCACCACAAAACCAAUACCCAGCUGAGAUGUUCUGGCCACAGCAAAAUGUACAUUUGGAUUACUAUGAUCAAUCAGAAUACCAAAUUUAAUCCAAACAGUUGCAAGAAUACAUUAAAUUACUUUAAAAAC